GCUGGAACAGUAUCUUUGAGAAAAGGAAGAUUAAAGAAUGUUUCUAACAUAAAAAGGUACAAUGAUGUUACUAUUAAUUACAGUGUUUGUAUGAAAAAAGUGACAUUUAGUCUUCCUAUCAAAUUUGAUAUAUUGAAGUUUGUAUAUCAGUACCACAGCAUAAUGUGGUCGCUAACUGCAAAGGGUGAGGUUCAAGCAAACCUAAAGAAUAUGAAAGCAAAAAUAAUUAUCAGUUUCGAUUUUGAAAAAUGUGUUGUUUCUUUAGAUCAAUUUAAUAUUACAGACCAGGGGCAAUUAAGCGUUUCAUUUUCUGGGCGGGGUUUUUUGGAUUGGAUCUUCAGUCUUUGUUCUACUUCCUCCAUGCAUUUCAGUAUGAUUCAAGAUAUUCGGAAUACGGUGUCAGAGGAAUUAGAGAAAAUCGUAGCAAAAAUUAAUAGUGCCCUUAAAUUUAUACUGCAGGAAUAAGAAAAGUUAAUAUGAAUUCAUAUUUA